AUGGACGCCGAAUAUCCGCCCAUCGACAAAACGUACGGUGCGCUGCUGGUCGGGACCUUCGUCGCGCUCAUUCUGUACGGCUGGCUCCUCAACCAGUGCCAUCGGUACUUUAUGAAGUAUCGGGAAGAUCGAUGGUUCCUCAGGUGUCUUGUCUUUUCCAUCAUUGUACUGGAGACGUUUAACGUCGUGCUUUUCAUGCACUUUUGGUGGGUACACGGCCCGAUAUCGUUUUCUAUCAUUACUUGGUGUCCACCUAUUGGGAUCGCGCUGCUCUGGGCAAAACAGUCUGGUGCGGUUCUUUUCUGCGCGGUCCUCAAACCUCCACUUAUCUUCUUGUCUCUUAAGGUCUUUCGCUGGAUCUCCACAGUCGCGGUGGUCUUCGUCUGCGAGCUGUUCUACCUUCGGCGUGUGUACCUGAUCGGGCGCAGACUUUGGUUGAUUGUUGCCAUUGCGGCCACUCUAAUUUUCGCAGAACUUGGUGAGCAAAACCUCCGUUGGGAGACAUCGCUGUCGACUAAUGAUCACACGUCGACGCACUCGCAGUGUCCACGGUUCUCAGGCAUGCCUGUCCCCUUCUUCUCCUUGAAGGAACCCGACGGUGCCAGCAGCCAUGAUGGGUGGAUGAACUCUGCCGGGGUGGGUAGUGCCGUUCUCGCAGACACGCUGCUCGCGACUGCCCUCAUCGUGUCACUACGGAGAAGCCGGACUGGCAUCAAGCAGACCGAUUCUCUCAUCUCCACGCUCAUUCUCUAUACCAUCAACACAGGUCUCCUUCUCGGAGUUUUCAACGUCCUCUCCUUGAUCCUCGCCGUUACACUCCCCGACAACCUCAUCUUCGUGGGCAUUGAUCUGGUCACCACCAUGCUGUACGCGAACUCCGUGAUGACUGUGCUCAACGCCCGAGGAUCGUCCCUCGUCAUUUCUGCCGAGGUCAUCAACAUGGACUCGAUGGACCUCUCGGCCCUGCCCGAGCUUCCGCGUUACCCUGGCCCCACACACGCUGCCCCCGUCUCCUUUUCGCCCAAAUCCAUCGAGAUCGUUAUCGCUAAGGAGUCCUUCACGAGCGGCGAAUCCAUCUAUGCCCGGCGGAGCGCACACGAGAUAGGGAUGGCAGUGUGA